AUGCCCGUGUGGUGCUGCCGAUGCUCCUUGGCCGGUCACUUCAGAAGUUACAGUGGCCCUGAAGCCGAAGGACAGCUUUUGAAUUCCUUCGUCCAGUAUUUUGGUGACAGCCUUGGGAGGAAGAUUAAAAGAAUGCCUUUAAUUGAAGAAACUGUUCUGCCUGGGGACUCCCUCCUUACUCUGCCUGUAGUAAUAAUAGGAAAUGGGCCCUCAGGAAUUUGUCUUUCUUACCUGCUCUCUGGAUACAGGCCAUAUUUAUCGCCUGAAGCUAUACACCCGAACCCCGUUCUACAUACGAAAUUAGAAGAAGCUCGACAUCUUUCCAUUGUUGAUCAAGAUCUGGAGUACCUGUCUGAAGGCCUCGAAGGACGCUCUUCAAACCCCGUUGCAGUGCUUUUUGAUACACUGCUUCAUCCUGAUGCUGACUUUGGGUAUGACUACCCACCGGUUUUGCACUGGAAGCUAGAACAACAUAAUUAUAUUCCCCAUAUAGUGCUUGGUAAAGGACCCCCUGGUGGGGCUUGGCAUUCCAUGGAAGGCUCUAUGCUAACAAUCAGUUUUGGAGACUGGAUGGAAUUACCUGGCCUCACCUUUAAGGAGUGGGCAGCUAGCAAACGCAGAAAUAUAAAGAGUGAUCGAGUAAUGCCAGAGGAAAUAGCUUGUUAUUAUAAACACUAUGUUAAAGUCAUGGGCCUCCAAAAGAAUUUCAGAGACAAUGUUUAUAUAACAUCAGUAUCCAGGCUUUACCGAGGAAAGGACGAUGAAGAUAGAAGUCGACUAAAUGAAAAUAUUUCAACACAGCAUUUGGAAAUGGAAGAUGGACAGAAAUCAUUGAUUAAGAGAAACUGGGAAGUCAGAGGUUAUCACCGAGCAACGGAUGGUUCUCAUGUGCCCUUCUGCCUCUUCGCUGAGAAUGUGGCUCUUGCCACAGGAACCUUUGAUUCUCCUGGACGACUACAAGUUGAAGGAGAAGACUUUCCUUUCGUGCUUCAUUCCAUGUCUGACUUCGGAGCUGCUAUCAGCAAAGGAAAGUUACGUGGGAAGGCAGACCCUGUGUUAAUUGUGGGUGCUGGACUUACAGCAGCUGAUGCAGUACUGUGUGCCUACAACAACAACAUCCCAGUAAUCCAUGUGUUUCGUAGAAGAGUUACCGAUACAAGUCUAAUUUUCAAACAGUUACCUAAAAAGCUUUACCCUGAAUACCAUAAGGUCUAUCAUAUGAUGUGUACUCAGUCUCAUACUGUGGACUCUAAUCUACAUUCUGCUUACACUAGUUUCCCUGAACACAAUGUACUUUCCUUCAAGCCUGAAAUGAAGUGUGUUCUUCAGAGUGCCUCUGGACUGAAGAAAAUUUUGAAGUUUUCUGUAGCCUUAGUUCUGAUAGGUUCUCACCCAAAUCUGUUCUUUCUAAAGGACCAAGGACAUAGCAUAGGUCAUCACUCUAAUCAGCCCAUCACAUGCAAGGGGAAUCCUAUAGAGAUUGAUCCAUACACUUACGAAUGCACUAAAGAAGCUAACCUCUUUGCUUUAGGUCCUCUGGUGGGAGACAACUUUGUACGGUUUUUAAAAGGAGGUGCAUUGGGCAUUGCACGAUGCUUGGCAAUAAGACAAAAGAAGAAACAUGAAUUGAUUGAAAGUGGAGAUGGAGGAGGUGAUGGGGUACCAUAA